AGAAAACAAAGUCAGGAAAAGGAAAAGCCCACCACAUAGACAUCAUAAGCCUUUCAAGUUUUCUAGGAUUGAUCAAACAAAGAUUCAAAGAAACCUCAAAGAAAAGAAAGGGACUAGACCAGCUUGCCCUAUAUACUAUUCUUUUUUCCUCUUCCUAUAUAUUUAGCCUCAUCAUCAUCUUCUUCAAACUCCAACCCCUCCCUCUCUCUCUCUCUCUCUCCCUCCGUUUCUGAUCAUGGCAUUAUUGAGUCCCAGGUGAAAUUCACCUGUUAUCAAACACUUUUUGGCCCUGUCUGUCAUUCUUCAUCACCUCAAUCCCCACAUCUUAAAAAUAAUAAAUAUUCCUAGACCUGUAAGCUUAUUAGACACUGUUCAUCUUCCUUACUGAUCAAAGUUCCAUCUCCCUUAAUUUGCUCUCUUUUUCUCUUUCUCAUCCCUCUUUGUUUCUCAGUUACUCUUCCCUUUGUUUUGUUUUCCCCUUUUGUUCCACUCCUGCUCUUCAAGCUGCCUAAAACCCUUGAUUAAAGCAAGUAAAAAGGAUCACCAUAUCCAUUAGUUUCCAUAUGGAUUCUCUUCAUGGCUUUGAAACCUCGACUGCAAACCCUUCCACUACUUUAACCCCAAAUUUCCCUACAAACCUUUCCAUCACCACCGUGACCACCACCGCAACCACCAUCAACACUAGCCCUUCUGCAGCCCUCUCCUCCCCUUCCUCCUCUUCCUCCACUUCUCCUUCCACUCUUAGCCGCUAUGAAAACCAGAAGCGCCGCGACUGGAAUACUUUUGGCCAAUACCUCCGCAACCACCGCCCCCCUCUCUCUCUCUCCCGCUGCAGCGGGGCCCACGUCCUGGAAUUCCUCCGCUACCUUGACCAGUUUGGGAAAACCAAAGUCCACACUCAACUCUGCCCUUUCUUUGGUCAUCCUAACCCUCCAGCUCCAUGCCCCUGCCCGCUCCGCCAAGCUUGGGGAAGCCUCGAUGCUCUCAUCGGACGCCUCCGAGCCGCCUUUGAGGAACACGGAGGCAAGCCUGAAGCAAACCCUUUUGGGGCUAGAGCCGUUAGGCUUUACCUACGUGAGGUUCGUGAUUCACAGGCUAAAGCCAGAGGCAUAAGUUAUGAGAAGAAGAAAAGAAAGCGGCCCCCUCAAGCUCCACCUCUUCCACCUCCUAAUGGAAAUCAAAAUCAGUAAGAAAAUCUUUAAAAGAAAAAGAAAAGACGUGAUCAACGAGCUGCAUGGGAAAAGAACAUGAUUUUUCCAAUGUUUCUUCUUCGGUUCUUCUUUUUUUAUUAUUUAUGUUAUCCUAUCUAAUUAGUAUAAUCUGCAAUAUCGGAUGCUAUUGUCUUAAAAGUUUUUUCCUUUAUGUUAUUAUGUCAGGUACUGCACCUUCCAUUAAUGGAUAUUACGCUACAUCUUUAUUAGUAUUUUUUUUUAUCUUUGAUGAAAACAGUAGCUGUUUUUACUCAUAGUCGUAGCAGCAGCAGCAGUGUAUCUACUAUUUGUAGUUAAAAUCUAUGUGACUUGAACACCCAUUUGUCAUUGAUAUGUACUUUGAUAAGCCAUUUAUGACAAGUAAUAGAUUUGUAGAUCAA